GACAAUACUUCUUGUAGCUUACCAGCAUGUCCUUGGGCAUUAACUUCUAAUUGGUAUAUGUGGAUUUUGGCACCAAUGUGUCUCGCUCGAAGAGGGACAGAGAGAAUGAAAUCACAUAAAAUGAGUCAUGCUGUGAAAACAUAUAAGAAAAUAUAAUGGCAUUAUUGAGAACACAUAAAACCAUGGAAAAUCAUGUCAAAUGCAAAAAUAUGGUAUAUUACAGGUUCUUGCGUUCUGGGCAAACUAUUUUCGGUUGGUCACCCUUUUGACUCAUUCAGGCUACAAAUGUGACAUGGGAAACUGACUGUUUUGCAUGUGCAAAUUACAAUUUUGAAGGUGCUAGUAGUCGCCAAGAAUGAGCAAGUUACUGCUUUGCAUGUGUUGGUGUCUAUUAGAGAUAAUUUAGAUAAUCUAUCCAUUGGUCCCUCUUGGAUGAUGUUGCAAAUGCCUGGUCCAUGCAAAAUGAACACAUGUGUCCAAAAAGCCUGAACAGUAAGCGCCCCACGUACCACAUUAUUUGGAAGGAGUAAGAAGAGUUUAUGUUGCCACACAUGCGCAGAGAGAGAGAGAGAUAGGACCUAAGGGGUCAGAAUUAGAUUGCUCUAAUGUAUCGCACCAAUCUUUGAUUGCUAGAUUGGAUUUGUGAACUAAGUGGGUGAUCGAUAGCAAGAUCUCAAACCAGCCAGGGUCAACCAUUAAUUAACACGUAUCAUGUGCGCCCGCUGUUGCAGGACAUUUGGACAUCAAUAAGGGGGUGCUCCUUCUUGGACAUCCGACAUAUUUAUCUAUCUAUUCGUGAUGUUUUAUUUUUAAUUUUUUGUUUAAUUGUAUUCAUUUGAGGUUUGUAUGGUUGUUCAGUUCUAUCAAAAAAAAAAAGGAAAAAGAAAAAUCCGCAUCUCCUAAUCAAAGUCAAUUUGCUCCUCUAAAGCCCAACCCUAGAAGAAGGUUUGAACCUUCUAGCAGCCUCUGACGGACCCCGGCCCAAAACCCUUCCCAACCUCACGAGAGUCAGAUUGAUCUAUGGGCCAGCAGCAGAGCGGCAAUAAGCGCCAUUUAAAUUUCCUUCGGCCUUUACCCUUCCACGGCGACGGCGAAAAGAAUCCAACCCCCCCACCCGCUUCCCCUUUCUUCAUCUUCCCCUCUCUUAGGAGCUCAAUAAGAACCGACUUGUAGGAGAGGAGAGGCCGGCGUUCCUUUCGGCACCCCGCCGAUGGACGGCACCCCGACGCCUCCGCCACCGUGGACCCUCCCGUGAUCCACUCCUCCUCCGACGCCGCCCUCCACCCUACCUCCGACGAGAUGCCGUUGGGUUCCGCCGCCAAUGGAAAGGAAGGCUGACCUUCCGCCUCCUUCGGGGUCGAGCAGCCAAAUCCGUCCGAUCGCCGGAGAGGCCAACCUCAACUCUUCCUCCUCCUCAUCCUCCUCCUCCUCUCUCUCCCACUCGGAUUUCCUCCGCCAUGUUCAUGCCGUCUUCAAGCGCCACAGACCUCUCGGUUCAAUGCAGUCUAACGUCUCCCGUGCGAGCCGUGUCUUGGUUUCACAAACAGAGCCUUCGAGGAGCACUGCUUCUGCCUCUUCCAUAAGCGGAAACCGUUUCGGUAAGACUCUAUCACAAACUGGAGCAGUUGUAGGAGCUACGAGGACGCCGAAUGUGGCAUCUGAUCAGAGGAAGGACAGUGCGGCUGAAAUGGUGACGACUCCUCAAGGGGAUUCAUCGCUUACUCCCCCAUCAAUUACCGGAUCCAUAACUACGUUGCAUGAUGAGCACAUGAACCCAUUUGGCUUGCCGAAGGACAAUUCUGAACUCCAGGUCAACCAAAAAGAGUCAUCUUUAUCAGUUUCUUCCUUUCACUUGGGAUCCCUGCAUGCGUCGGCGAACGAUCAUUUGAAAAAGAACCAGUUUGCUUCAGCUGGCAAUUCCCACGCAUCUUUUCAGAAUGGGGAAAGCUAUUUGGACACUCAGGCAGCCACAAAUGAUCAUGAUCCAAAGCAGCAGGUUCUUCAGAACAUGGAAGUGUCUGCGAGCAGUGCGAAGUUUGGUGGGAGUACUUUGUUAGAGAAGAGGAUUGAACAGAGUAAUAAUCGGUGUUAUGUGGAGCCAAUGACUCGAUCUUCAGUUAUGGGCUCUUCGUGUGCCACUACAAUGUCAGUCCAUUCUGGUCCGACCUUUCCUGUCACACGUGCCCCUUUGGCUGGGCAGACUGCCUUUCCAACACAAACGUCAUCAUCUGCUAUAGAGAACUUGUCAGGUGUUCCGGACCAUGCCCUUCCAGAGGGGCGAGGAAAUGCCGGGAAGGAAGCUGAUGGGCUUCAGAACCAUAAGCAGGGUCUUAAUUUGGGUGAAAAUUUAAAGCAGAUUGGGCCGUCUGGUGAUGCCAACUGUUUGCAAUCUCAUGUUCCAGCAACAAAUAACCCAUCAUCAAAUGUGGAUUUGGGGCCCUCUCAAUCUAGCAAAGUAGAGAAGGCUCCUCGCAAAAAGAAGUAUGACCCUGAUGUAUUUUUCAAAGUUAAUGGAAAGCUCUAUCAAAAGCUUGGUAAAAUAGGUAGUGGAGGAAGUAGUGAGGUUCACAAAGUCAUAUCAUCAGACUGUACGAUAUAUGCUCUGAAAAAGAUCAAACUCAAAGGCCGUGACUAUCCAACUGCCUAUGGAUUUUGUCAAGAGAUUGAGUAUUUGAACAGGCUGAAAGGGAAGAACAACAUUAUUCAACUUAUUGAUUACGAGGUGACAGAUAAAACUUUGCUCCAGGAAGUCGUGAAUGGCUCGCCGAUCAUAAAGGAUGGAAGGAUCAAAGAUGAUGAAUAUAUAUACAUGGUGCUUGAGUAUGGAGAGAUUGAUUUGGCUCACAUGCUUUCACAGAAGUGGAAGGAGAUGAAUAAGUCAGGUUGGAAACUGGAUGAGAACUGGCUAAGGUUUUAUUGGCAGCAAAUGCUUGAAGCUGUAAAUACGAUACAUGAGGAGCGUAUCGUGCACUCUGAUUUGAAGCCUGCCAACUUUCUGUUAGUCAGAGGCUUAUUGAAGCUUAUUGACUUUGGCAUUGCAAAAGUGAUACUGAGCGACACGACUAACAUCCAGCGUGAUGCACAGGUGGGAACCCUAAACUACAUGUCUCCAGAAGCAUUCAUGUGCAAUGAGCAUGAUGCAAAUGGGAAUACUAUUAAGUGUGGCCGCCCAUCAGACAUCUGGUCUCUUGGCUGCAUUCUUUACCAGAUGGUAUAUGGCAAGACACCAUUUGCGGAUUACAAGACCUUUUGGGCCAAGUUCAAAGUUGUUACAGAUAGAAACCAUGAGAUCAUAUAUGAACCAGUCUCCAAUCCAUGGCUUAUUGAUCUUAUGCGGAGAUGCCUUGCUUGGGAUCGCAAUGAGAGGUGGAGAAUACCACAGCUUCUUCGACACCCAUUUCUUGUUCCUCCAAUUCCACCGGAGCUUCCUCCAUUCCAUGAUCACCCCUCAAAAUUGCUUAUGGAUCGGCUUGAAGCUUACUGGAAUGAUCCUGAAGUGUCUAAGCUACGGUCCGAGCUGCAUGAAGUUUUAGCUAAGCUGGAGAAAGGACAGAAGGAUCGAAGUACCCAUGUAGAGUCAAAUGUCUCUUGACGUGUAUAAUACUUGCAUAAGAAAAUGUUAUCUUGAGCCGCAGCCUGCUUGUUUACAAUUUUUGAUCAAUUGGUGUGCGAUUUUUUAUAAUGUCAUAAAUGCUUGUAUUAUCCUGGGCAGAAAGAUGAAUCCUAAUGGCAGGCAAAAUGGUGCAGGCUUAACU